UAUGACAGAAAAUGCGUUGAAUGGACACGGGGAGGGGCGCGGGGCGGCCGGCCGCGCGCGCUCCGAGGCUCAGUGCGCGCGGGGUGGCGGGCUGCGACACCGCCUCUACGCAGCCCGCUUACGGAACUUCCGAGUGCAGUGCAAAUGCUUGUGUUUUUAUGGCGUUCAUAUUACUACGACUGUUGGUGCUGGGUGUGAUCGCGGCGGCGGCCGACGAUGAUCAUAUAACGUGGCUGACGCCACCCCGCGGCGCGGUGCCGUGCGUGGUGGCGGCGGCGGAGCGGCUGCAGUGGCGGCGGCCUCCUCCACCCUUGGAGGAAGACAGGCCGAGGGCGAAGCCCUAUCGGCGGAGGGGCGAGGAGGAACUAAAGAGAAGUUCCAACAAUAAAGAGUAG